CGAGCACCGUGGGGACGGGGGGGGCCAGGCCAUGGGUCUUUUCCUCGUGGCCUCCGGCCUCCUUCUCUGCCUCUUCUCUGGGAUCUACUGCGCCUACCGCCGGGGGGCCAAGGGGUCACCCUUCGCGCACCAGCGCCUGCAGGACGGGUCCCUCGAGGACCUCGCUCUGCACCUGGACAGCCCCAAGGGUUCAUACGACUGGUUCCUUUACGAGAUGGACGACAAGAAGGUCCCGGCCCCCCUGCAGCCAGCUCAGGCCCUGCCCUGGCCCUGCCCCCCACCGCAGCCCCCCUUCCCUGCCUCACAGACACCCCCUGGGGACAAGACUCCAGGGCCCGCCGGCUCCGAGCAGUCUAAGCCGAGCCCCCCAAGGCUGGAGUGUCUGUCCCCGGCUAACCUCCCCACUGGGACCCCCACAAUAGAACCCAGGCGUCCUGGCUCCCACCCCCCGCUCUAACCACUAGCCUCCACUCCUCUCUGUCCUGCCAUGGCGGGAACUCACCUUGCCCCUCCCCCACUGGCUGGGUUAUUUCUGACCCAGGGAGGGUCUGGAUCUGCCUCCCCAAGGGGCUGGGGCGGGGGGGGGGAGCUGACCGGCCGUCAGGACGUUCUGGGGCUCGGCUCUUCAGUGGCUCUUAGAUCUA